GGGAGCCAGGACUCCUGGGUUCUCUCCCCGGCUCUGCAGCGUAAGGCCCAGCCUCACUCUCCCCCUCCUCUCUCCCCACAGCCCAGUGGGCUCCGAGUGCCCCAGGAGGUGAUGCUGAUGAAGCGGGUGUGCGCCAGGGGCGGGCACCGGGGCGUGAUCCGCCUGCUGGACUGGUACGAGACCCCCGAGGGGUUCCUCCUGGUGCUGGAGCGGCCCGAGCCCUGCCAGGAUCUCUUCGACUACGUGACGGAGCGGGGGCCCCUGGCCGAGGGGCAGUGCCGGCGCUUCUUCCGCCAGGUGCUGGAGGCCGUGCGGCACUGCCACGCCCGGGGGGUGGCGCAUCGGGACAUCAAAGACGAGAACAUCCUGGUGGAGCUGCGCACCGGCCACCUCCAGCUCAUCGACUUCGGCUCCGGCGCCCUCCUGCGGGACACGGUCUACACGGAGUUUGACGGCACCCGUGUGUACAGCCCGCCGGAGUGGGUGGGGCUGCAGCAAUACCACGUGCUGCCGGCCGCCGUCUGGUCCCUGGGGGUCCUGCUCUACGACAUGGCCUGUGGUGACGUCCCCUUCCAGCGCGACGAGGAGAUCCUGGCCGCGCGGCUCCACUUCCCGGAGCCCCUGCCUGAGGGCUGCCAGGAUGUGAUCCGAUGGUGCCUGUCCCCAGAGCCCUCAGACCGACCCACGCUGGAGCAGCUUCUCCAACACCCCUGGCUGCAGCCUGAUCCCCAGUUCCAGCCGGAGGAGGAGCCGCAGAACCCGGCGCCCCCUAGGGGCACCGCUGGCAACAGCAGCUGCUGAAAGACUUGGAUUUACCCCGUGUCUCCCUGCCGGGAGGGGGACCCACCCCCAUGGGGAACACUUCAGCCUCGGGCAGCUGGGCCUGUGGCCAGCUGAGAUCAGAGUUGACCUGGUUUUACAGGUGUCUAGAGCUGGGGAGAGAACCCAGGAGUCCUGGCUCCCAGCUUCCCCCCCCCUUCUAACCACUAGACCCAACUCCCCUCCCAGAACUGGGGAAAGAACCCAGAAGUCCUGGCUCCCAGUUUCCUCCCCUCCCCCGCUAGAGGUUUGGAUUCUGGUCCCUGUCGAGGAUCAGCCGUGUCUCUGUAUGUGUAAAUACUUGUGUAUUGGCGUGAGCUGGGCUCCCCUCAGUACCAGCCCAUGAGGGGGGGAUGAGGCUUGGGGGGGCUCUAGCCCCCCCAUUUCCAGCCCCUCCCAUGCUCCCUAAGGUGUGGCUUGCUGGGCUGAGACUGAGGUAUCGUAUCUAAGCUGCUUAACGGGCCCCGAUGCAGGGGACCCCGGUGCCAGCGUGAGAUUCAGACCAAUUCUGUACAGGAUUGAGAGGAAGAAAAAUCUAUUUAAAUAAAAGAGGUUUUAUCUUUAUCCAGGAAA